UUGGAAAGAAAAAGGAAAAAAGGAAAAAGUAAAUUCGGAGGAACGCAUUGGCAAAUCGUCUCCAGAGGAGGAUCGUUCAUUAAAAAGAUUAGGAGAAGAGAUACUUUCAGCUCCAGGUGGCAGCUACGAGGCUGAAAUGCGACCGAGGCCCCCACGGGCCAUACCGCAUGUCGCGUCGAUGACACGCGCGUGUUAUUGAAGGAGCGGAGAGAGGGAAAGCCCUUUCGGAUGAUUCAUAAUUCAAAUGCAAACGUGGCCAAUAAUAGUAUUUAAUAGUAAUAAUACAUGCAAUAGUCAUUGCAACAUUGAAACAUAAUUAACGCGAAGAGCGAGAGCAAACAACAAACAAAUAAAAUAUUUAAGAUAAAUCGUCAGUGAAGUGAACACUUGCUACACGAACCGCAUAUUACGCAAUACGAACCAUUUACUAUAAUCCCCCGCAACCCCCUCCUGAAAUACAGUGAAACAGUGACAGAAGGAACCGAUACCCGAAAGAGAGAAACGUGAAAAUGACUAUGAAAUCGAUUAAGUACUCCGAUUGUGAUACCAUUAUGGAUGGCUAUAAUCCGGUGCCGCCGCCACUGCCACGACGCGUGCCUCCCGUUCGCAACAUCUACGCGGAGCCCUUUGCCCAUGAACCGAACCAUUCCAGCAGAUUGGGCGGACACCCACAACAGAUGCCACAAAGUAUGUCAACCGGCAGCAACACAAUAGGCCAUAGCGGCAUCGAUCGUGGUGGCGUCGUCAUGCCCAUGGGCGCUGGUACAAUGCCCGUCGGUGUAAGCGGCGUGGGUCAAGUGGGCGGCAUCAGCGGUGGUGGUCCCAAUGCGAACAUCGGGCAACCGGGCAGCGGCAAUGGGGGGCCCCAUUGCCAGAUAAGCGGUUCACAGCCGUUGGUCAUGCCCGGAUUCCCAUUGCGUAAUUCCCACUCAGCGCAUGCACCGCAUUAUUCGCCAUAUUCGCCAUCCAGGUUUCACAUAGAUAAGCGUUGUCAGCACCGAUGUUCCUGGAAAUGCUUGAGCAUCACCUUAAUAUUCGUAUCCGUCGUCCUAACCGCCAUGUUGGCAUACUUUGCAGCUGUCAGCUCGAUGAAGCCGAACAUGGACAGCACCAACUGCAUCCUAGUGCAGGACGUCAAGUCACAGCCUCAUGAUCUGCGCGGAGGUCCGGGGGGCAAAGCAAACGACAAGAAUGUGGGCGGGGCCACCGCCUAUCCCACGGAGGAAUCGAUACAGACCAGCACCUCGGAACAUGGCAGCAACGGACACGGACUGAAUGGACCUGCGGUCGGUGCCGGAGGCGGCGGAGUAACAGGCAUUCAGCAGCAGUUGCUUCUCCAGCAACAGCAGCCUCACUCGAUCAACCAACCGCUGACGCCGAUGGAUGCGACCAACACCCAGCUGCAGGACCAUCAACUGACCUACGGAGGCGGAAUUGGCAACGUUAUGGGUAUUGGCCCAGGCUCCCUUAACGGACAAAAGCACAACAUGCUGCUGGCCCAAGCGGGUGGCAGCGGGAUGCACCACCACCAGGCGCUGCAGCCACAGCUUGGAGGAGGACAGUGGCCGCAGGUCGUUGAGCUAAAGGAGUUCAACGAGGUGUACCACGCGAAUAUACCAGCUUAUCAGUUUUGGACUUUGGAGUUCCGCAACAAGCAUCCAGCCUUUAUUCGCUUCAACUUUACGCUGCCGUGGGGCGCCCACUUUGCCGUCUACUCGCGCCGGAACGUGGCCCCGUCGGUUACGCAGCAUGACUUUGUGGAGUUCAUCAAGGGCGGGCGUCUGGACAGUCACCUGCGGCACCGUCGCAGCCCGAGAAAUGCCUCGACGAUCGCCGGCAAAGACUGGGACGCGGUGUACCUCAACGAGCAGCAGCAGCACCUCCAAGACCGAUUCGCGACACGGACAAGACCACAAUUCAGUUACGAGGAGCAAGACCACGAUGCAAGCAACGACGACCCCGACUCUGGCGAAUUCUUCGAUGUCGAAACGCCUCUGGACACGGCAAAGCACCUACAACGACAGAUCCACUUCCAGCAGCAAAAUCCACAGUACACACAGCAUCCCCAUGAAGUCAAGAAGCGCUCGGCUGUAGAUGGUGGCGGCUUGCCCGCCCUCGACAUAGACGCGAUGACUGUGAACGUUUCGCUGCUGCAGUAUCUUGACACUGGACUCUGGUUUAUUUCCGUCUACAACGACGAGUUGGUGGCCCACUCCGUCUCGCUACUGGCCGAAGAGGCCGAAGGCGUCAGCACCACCUGCCCAAACGACUGCUCCGGUCGUGGAAGUUGCUACCUGGGAAAGUGCGACUGUAUCGAUGGCUACCAAGGCGUCGAUUGUUCUAAAAGCGUUUGUCCGGUGCUGUGCUCGGCGCAUGGCCACUAUGGUGGCGGCGUCUGCCACUGCGAGGACGUCUGGAAAGGAGCCGAGUGCGACAUUCCGGUUGGCGAGUGCGAGGUCCCCAACUGCUCCAGCCACGGGCGGUGCAUCGAGGGAGAGUGCCAUUGCGAACGCGGCUGGAAGGGACCGUAUUGCGAUCAACAUGACUGCCUUGAUCCAUUGUGCUCGGGGCAUGGAACCUGUGUGGCAGGACAGUGCUACUGCAAGGCCGGGUGGCAGGGCGAAGACUGUGGCACGAUUGAUCAGCAGGUUUACCAGUGCCUGCCAGGCUGCUCCGAGCACGGAACAUACGACUUGGAGACUGGCCAGUGUGUGUGUGAGCGCCACUGGACGGGACCGGAUUGUUCGCAAGCUGUUUGCAGUCUGGAUUGCGGUAGGAACGGAGUGUGCGAGUCCGGUAAGUGCCGCUGCAACACUGGAUGGACGGGCAACUUGUGCGAUCAGCUGCCCUGCGAUGCUCGAUGCUCGGAGCAUGGUCAAUGCAAGAACGGGACCUGCGUUUGUUCUCAGGGAUGGAAUGGCAGGCACUGCACCCUGCCUGGCUGCGAGAACGGCUGCUCUCGACAUGGACAGUGCACCCUGGAGAACGGCGAAUACCGAUGCGACUGCAUCGAAGGCUGGGCUGGAAGCGACUGCUCGAUAGCCCUGGAACUUAACUGCAAGGACAACAUUGACAAUGAUGGCGAUGGGAUGACUGAUUGCUCUGACAGCGAGUGCUGCUCGCAUCCGGCCUGCUCGGAGCACAUCAUGUGCCUGUCCUCUAACGAUCCCGUAGAGGUGUUGCUCCGCAAGCAGCCGCCCUCGGUGACGGCCUCGUUCUACCAGCGCGUCAAGUUCCUAAUCGAGGAAAACUCUGUGCAAUCGUACGCCCACAUGGAUGAGUACAGCGAAAAUCUCUUCUGGAGCUCGUUCACACCUUGUCGUGUGUCUGUGAUGCGUGGACAGGUGAUCACUCCUCAGGGACUUGGCAUUGUCGGCAUUCGUGUCUCUGUAGAUAGAGACUCACGCUUCGGGUUCACCCUAACCCGCCAAGGAGGUUGGUUUGAUGUUCUCGUUAAUGGCGGGGGAGCGGUCACCCUACAGUUCCAGCGAUCGCCAUUCCGCCCUUUGACGCGCACCGUGUUUGUGCCCUGGAACCGCAUAGUCGUUUUGCCUCCCGUCCAGAUGCAAUUGAGCGAUGACGACGAGACCACCAGUCGAAACAUAAAGGUGGCACCCCUAAAUCCGGCCUUGACUUUCCUCAAUUCCAUCCACUACCACACGGCGGAUGAAGCCAAUGAUGCCAGCAAGGUGUGCAUGGACCACGACCACGAGAAGCUACGACCCCAGCUGAUCAGCACCUGGAUGCCCAAUGGCGUGGGCGCCAUGCCCGGCAAACGGGUUAUCUUUGCCGAGACUCAGAUUGUUCAGGAGUCAAUACAGAUACCCGGCUCGGACCUGCACCUCACCUACCAGUCGUCUCAAGCGUCAGGGUACCUGAGCAUCGUCCGCAUGCGGCUAACCUCGGAGACGAUACCUAAGACCCUGACCCAUGUACACGUGGGAGUGGAGAUCGAGGGGGCGCUGCACGUGAAGACGUACGAGGCAGAUCCAAAUCUGAUCCACACAUUCGCCUGGAAUAAGCGCAACGUUUACCGCCAAAAGGUGUACGGCGUGACGAUCGCCCGGAUAUCGGUGGGCUACCAGCACACCACCUGCCAGACGCCCGUCUGGAUAGCUCAGACGGCUAAGCUACAGGGCUACGACGUGGACAUCUCGGACAUUGGCGGCUGGGGGCUGGAUAUCCAUCAUCAUUACAACUUCCACGAGGGGAUCCUGCAGAAAGGCGACGGCAGCACGUUGCACAUGAAGGAGUACCCGCGUACAGUCAAGGUGGUGAUGGGCACCGGCCUGCAGCGACCACUCAACUGUCCAGACUACUGCAACGGGGUGGCUAAGGACGCCAAGUUGCUGACUCCAAUCGCUCUGGCCACUGGCCCCGACGGCAGUCUCUACGUGGGUGACUUCAACCUGGUUCGCCGCAUCACGCCCGACGGAAAGGUAUUCACCAUCCUUCAGCUGAGCGCCACCCAGGUCUCGUACCAGUACUACCUGGCCGUAUCGCCAGCCGACGGUCACCUGUAUAUAUCCGACCCAGAGCGCCACCAAAUCCUUCGCCUUUUGCGUCUAGAGAAAGUUAAAGACCCGAGCAUCAACAGCGACCCGGUGGUAGGCAGCGGUCAGCGGUGCAUCCCCGGCGACGAAGGCAACUGCGGCGACAGCGGGCCAGCCUUACUGGCGCGACUCUCACACCCUAAGGGACUGGCCAUCGCUGCGGAUCGCACGAUGUACAUCGCUGAUGGCACUAACAUCCGGGCCGUCGACUCCAAAGGCAUCAUUCACACCCUUAUCGGCCACCAUGGACAUCACAACCACUGGAGCCCCGCGCCAUGCACCGGAACCCUGAUUGCCAACCAAGCGCAGCUGCAGUGGCCCACCGGCCUGGCCCUUAGCCCCUUAGAUGGCUCGCUGCACUUUAUCGACGACCGCCUCGUUCUGCGCCUCACUUCGGACAUGAAGAUACGCGUGGUGGCUGGCACUCCACUGCACUGCAAUAACAAUGGACAGGACAGCCGCUUGAACAAAACGGCCAUCGACAACGUCCUAGGCACCGUGCUGGCAAUGGCUUUCUCGCCUUUCGGCGAUCUCUACAUAGCGGACAGUGACUCGCGUCGCAUCAACUCCAUUCGCGUUGUAGAUACAGCUGGCAACAUGAGAUACUUUGCCGGCAAGCAGGAAGGCACUGGCUCACAGACCUGCGAAUGCGCCAUUGGAACGGGCAGCAACGGCAGUUCGGUCACGGUUGGACUAGGCGGGACCACUGGUGGCGCCUAUUCGACGACCGUUAACCCGACACGCAAUAACGGUGGAACUACCCCGACGACCCCAGCGGGCGGAAACGGAAACAAUGGCAGCGCCUCUGCCUCCGCAACGGUCGCCACGGGCAAUGGCAGCUCCGUUGCCUGUGUCUGUCCCGGUGGACUUGGCAUCGGCACGCUCUCUGGCUCAGGUUACGGCUCCGGCUCUGGCACCGGCAACGGUGGCGGUACGCUGGCCAGCAUAGUCGGCGGUGGUAGCCUCAUGUCCACCGGCCCCACCACCACCACCACCGUGCUCCUGGGCGCGAAGACCACGGCUUCGGGCAUCGGCAGCGGUGCGACCCUCAACGACGAUGGAACCCUGAGCAACGCGGAGACCCUGCUCUCCUCGAACGCACGUUUCCAAGCUAUCUCGGCCAUUGCCGUGGCCCAGGAUGGCGUCAUUAAUGUAGCAGAUCAAGGAUCGUUGCACGUUUUGGCCUUGGAGCACUAUCUGCCAUCGCACGACGAGAACGGAGAGUUUCACAUUCCCUUUCCGCCAUCGAGCGAGAUUUAUGUAUUUAAUAGGUACGGCCAGCAUGUGGCCACUAAGGACCUGACUUCGGGCAAGACACGCUACAGCUUUCUGUACUCAAAAAACACGAGCUUUGGACGGCUGUCCACGGUCACGGAUGCGUCAGGCAAUAAAAUACAGUUCCUGCGCGACUACAGUAAUGUCGUGAGCUCCAUUGAGAACACGCAGGACCACAAGUCAGAGAUACAGAUCAAUGGCAUCGGCAUCAUGACCAAGCUGAGCGAGAAGGGGCGUCAGGAGAUCGAGCUGGACUACGACAGCAACACAGGUCUGCUCAACUCGCGAUCAUCUGGCGGCGAGACGUAUAUCUACCAAUACGACGAGUUCGGGCGCGUCACGGGUAUGAUCCUGCCCAGCGGCGAGAUUGUGCGCAUCACCUCCCAGCUGGCGGACAACAAAGGACUAACUAUCUACGUGCACGCCUCUGUGGAGUCGCUCUUCUCCCGCGAACGCAUCGCUGGUGUGGAUGCUAACGAGCUGCUCGUCCUCGGCGGCGUCCGAUCUACCUUCCUAAAGCGUGGUCUGGCCCAUGCCGACGCAGAACUGAAGGCCAACAACACUCUAGUCAUCCGCGGAGCAAACGGAGUGGUGGUCGAGGCCUCUGCAGUGGCCCGUCACCCACUACUUGAGGCCGCCCUUCCCGUGGAGGCAGAGAUGCUGGCCAUGUGGUCGCACCAGAGCGUUACCAUGGGCGACGGCCUCACCAACUCGAUGUAUUCGGUCUACAACCUGGUCGGUGAUGUGCGCAAUCCCCAGCAGACACUCAACCGCGAGAUAUGGGUGAACCAGUCCCGUGUGAUCGGAGUGGAGUUCGACCAGUUCACCAACCGCGAAACCUUCUACGAUGGCCGACGCACCCCCAUCCUAAUUGUGGCCUACGACCAGUCUGGACUGCCCAAGUCCUACUACCCCACAAACGGCUAUCCGGUUAACAUCACCUACGACCGCUUCAACCGCGUAGAGGGCUGGGCAUGGGGCCCUGCGGAGCUCAAGUACAGCUAUGAUCGGCAUGGCCUACUCUCAGAGAUCACCUCGCAGCAGGACGGUAUUAUUUCGUUCGUGUACAACGACUGGAACCUCGUCUCCGAGAUAGGACUGGCUAGCCAGCGUAAGUUCGUGCUGCAGUACGACGACGCGGGCGGCCUCCGACACGUGGUCCUGCCCUCAGGCACCCGCCACAGCUUCAGCAUGCAGACCUCGAUUGGGUUCAUCCGCUGCACGUACACGCCGCCGGGAAGCACUCGCGCCUACCUCCAGCACUACAGCCACGCUGGGGCUCUGCUUCAGACCAUCCUUCCCGGGGACGGUGCCCGCAUCGUCUAUCGCUAUAAUGGAUCCGGCCAGCUCACAGAGGUAGUCCACGGGGAUGGACGUAGCGAGUUUCAGUACAAUGAGGCCAGCGGCAUGCCAAGCACGGUUUCGCACGAGGAACGGGAACUGGAGUAUCGCUGGGACUUCGAGUAUGCUGCUGGUCUUCUCACCGAGGAGCGCAUCGACUACGUGGCCAAGACGGGGUUAAGCAACGCCAAGUUCAGCUAUGAGUACGACAGCCAGCUGCGGGUGGUGGCCCUUCAGGGACGCAUCGGGGGCCAGAGCCUGCCGACUCAGGCCUUUUCCUACGAUCCGCGCACAGGACAGCCCAGCGUCAUCGGGCAGUUCAAGUUCACGCGACCCGCCCUAAACCAGACGCAGCUACACGAUGGCACGGCCAGCUUCACGCGGACCGUAGACGGACGCUUCCAUACACAGCGCAUGGCCCUGGCCAUACAUCGGCUGGAGGUUUUUCGCAUGGAGUUCUCGUAUGGUGUGCACGGACGCAUCUCGCAGACACGCACCUACACCCGGAACAUGGCCGUGAACAGCUACACAAAUGUGAAGAACUACACAUGGGAUUGUGACGGUCAGCUGGUAGGUGUGGAAGCGCAGGAGCCGUGGGGCUUCCGAUAUGACGACAACGGAAAUUUGCUCUCGCUAACCUACCGCGGCAACACCAUUCCGAUGGAGUACAACGCCCAGGAUCGCAUCGUUAAGUUUGGAGAGGGCCAGUAUAAGUACGACGCCCGCGGUCUGGUCGCACAGAACGCUCGCGAAGAGCGCUUUCACUACAACACGCAGGGACUGCUGGUGCGCGCAUCAAAGCGGGGCCGCUUCGACGUCCGUUAUUACUACGACCACCUGAAGCGGCUGACCACGCGCAAGGACAACUUUGGGAACGUGACCCAGUUCUUUUACACGAACCAACAGCGGCCUUACGAGGUCUCCCAGAUCUAUUCGCCCCGCGACGGCAAGCUGAUGUCGCUCACCUACGACGACGUGGGCCACCUGAUAUACGCGCAGGUGUAUCGCCACAAGUACUACGUGGCCACGGACCAGAGCGGCACGCCCCUGAUGCUCUUCAACCAGUACGGAGAGGGUAUCCGCGAGAUCAUGCGCUCGCCCUUCGGUCACAUCGUUUACGAUUCGAACCCGUAUCUGUAUCUCCCGAUCGACUUCUGUGGCGGCAUCCUAGACCAGGUGACCACCCUGGUGCAUAUGGGCGAUGGUAGGGUCUACGAUCCGCUGAUUGGCCAGUGGAUGUCGCCGGACUGGCAGCGCGUGGCCGAGCGCAUCAUUACGCCCACGCGGCUCCAUUUGUACCGAUUCAACGGCAACGAUCCUAUCAAUGUGGGCCAUGAGCGCCACUACCCGCAGGACUUUGCCAGCUGGAUGCGAACACUCGGCUACAAUGUGGUUAACCUGGUGCCGCAGCUGGCUCGCGCCCUCUGGCAGCCGCCGGCUCUCUGGGGACGGCCGCCUGCAAACCCCAUUGCCCUGAACAUGCGCCGCCCCUUCGACAAUAUCCCAACCAUGGCCGUCGAAAGUGGCUUCCUUGCCCACCUCAAUGUGCGCCGGAUGUCCGACUUCGAGCAUCUAUCGGCACCACCGCGAUCAGCCCUCAAAUGUGACGUAAUGGACCCUUCGCCGCGCAUCAUCGGCUCUGACACGGAACCACCUUUCGGCAAGGGCAUCGUAGUCUCCCGCACGGCGGACGGACAGGCUAUCGUGUCCAGCGUUCCGGCGGCCAAUGCGAUCUAUCGAGAUGUGUACACGAGCGUAUUCAACCGCUCGAAGCUUCUGCCCUUCACCUUCGUGGUGCACAACGCUCAGCAGGACUCAUUCUUCUUUGUCAAAGAGGAUGCGUGGCGGGCCAGCGAGGACCGGCAACAACUCAAGCGACUGCAGGGGCAGGUGAACACAACCUUCCAUGAGAUAACGCGCGAGGCUGUACCGGCCGGGAUGGCUUUGUCCGCUGGCUCCGGUGGCUCCUCAACGUCGGUGGUAUCCGCUGCCGGCUCCUCGGGCGGUAACUAUCUUGACGUAAAGAUCCAUGGAUCGCACGCAAUCAUAAACUUGCGUUACGGCACAACCGUUGCCAAGGAGCAGCAACGCCUGAUGCACCACGCCAAACUAACUGCUGUCCGAAAGGCCUGGCACCGCGAGAAGGAAGCCCUGCGCAGCGGUCUGACCACCGCCGUAGAGUGGACACAGCAGGAGAGCGAUGAGAUCAUCAAGCAGAGCUAUGCCAAUAACUACGAGGGUGAGUACAUCCACGACGUGGCCCUCUACCCUGAGCUUGCCGAGGAUCCAUACAACAUCAAAUUUGUGAAGAAAAAGGGCGCCACCGGUGGCGCCGCCGGAGUGCCCAAUGUCCGGCGCAGACGUCGGCGCUCCGCGGACCGCGGCGGGGAAAUCGAUAUCGACGAGGAUGCGACGGCCGAAGAGGCCGUUGCCUGUUAGCUCUUGGACGAUGCCCGAUCUCAGAAAUGAGAUCCACGCAGCAGCUCUUCUACGGAGAAAGAGUGGCGUCAACUGGCGCAAGAAGCAUAAUUAUUUAUACAUAUAUAUAGAUAUAUAUAGGACUAAAUGUAUGUUAUCGAACAGAUUUUUUAUGUCAAGGCACAUUUACAUACAUAUGUACAUACAUAGUAUAUGUACCUUUUUUUUUGUAUUGUUAGGAACUAGAAAAGUGCGACAGAAAAUGCAUAUAUAUAUGUAAUUAAGGGACUCUGAUCCCAUAAAAACAUCUGCUUAAUUCAGAUGGAUACAUAAUCCGAAGUAGAGGUAUUCGCUUACUCGUCUAUGUGUGUGUCAUCGGAUAUAGCUAAACAGAUUCAAAAAAUGAUACCGAUACACCGAUAUACAUAUAUCCUAUACAUUUAUUUAGCAUAGUGCAGUAGUCAUAUAAAGCCAGAACAGCAACAACAACCUAAACACUAAAACAUAGCCAUAUACAUACAUACAUAUGUAAAUGCAUACCCACAAACCAUAAGGUAUGAUAAUUGGGUAAUAGUAAAAGAGUAAGAGAGUGAAAAAGUAAAUGGAAAUUUUAGAAAAGUAGAUGGGAUACAGGGGAAUGCAGUAUGCAAGGAGGAACUGUUUUUUUUUUCGUGGUACUCGAGCUUUUUGAGACUGGCAUAGUUUUAAACAAAUCACAAAGCGAUCGGACGUGAACGGACACACACACUCGAACAGACAAGAGAUAGCCAGCACAGCAGACUGUACCAUCCGCCAUAGCAAAUGUAAAUAGGAAAUAUAUAUGGAAAUAGGAAUGGAAAUGACAUAUGCGAAUUAGAAUAGAAUGAUUCACACAGGCUCGCCGUCUAGACCACAGUACACUUUAAAGAUUACAUUUGGCAAACCAAUUGAGAGCCUGUUGGGGAAGAGUUUUGCUUAGCGAAAGCUUCAUCUCGUUUGCUUUUGCACGGUGUGUCAGCUUCAAAACAAAAAGUAAAUUAAUUAUUAAAAAAGGAACAAGUUUAGCUUAUAAGCAAAGGAAAACAUUUUUUUUAAUUAGACCUAAAGAUAGAUUUAAAACACUAAAAUAAACAUAUAGAAGAUAUAUAUAAAUAUGUAUGUAUAUAUUAUAUUCUCUAUUAUUCCUGAUAGAUAAGUUUAAGUUUUUGUCCCAACUAAUUUAUUCUCUAUUUCUGCUCUAACGAAGCCUUAACAAAAAGAUCGAAGUAAGUCUAAAGAUAUAUAUGUACAUAUGUUUACAUACAUAUGUAUGUACAUAUGUAUAUUCAUAUAUAUGCUGCUAUUACCGUAUGAAAUGUGAAUGUUUUGUUAUUAUUUAUAAGUUUUGCUUUUCAAACCCAGCUGAAUGCGGCCCAAAAUAAAACCCACACAUGAAAAAGAAUCGAUCUAAAUAAAGCUUGAAACAGUAUUAACAAAAAAAAA